AUGGUGAUAUCGGGCACGCCGGCACCCUUGCCAAAGAUCGUGCACUUUACUCGUCCGGAGCAGCCUCGCAAGCUGGGUGUCGGACCGUUUCCAGUGCUGAUUUGGGAAGUUGCAUUGCGCAGCUGGCAGCGUCACUUUCCGGUCUACGGCGGCUACACCCACAGGGUAUGGCGAGACCAGAACCUGACCGAGUGCAUGCGACAGGAGUUUCCAGAGUUCCUCGACGGAUUUCUGGCGCUACCCGGGGGCAUCGAGAGAUCAGACAUCGGCCGAUAUUGCGCCCUGUACCAGCAAGGAGGCAUCUAUGCAGACCUCGACUACGAGGUGCGGACCAACUUCUACGCGGAGCUCCCUGCAGAUCUCGUGAGCUUGGUUGAGUGCCGGUCGAAGGACCCUGGCCUGGAAGUGGAGAACGCUCUCAUGGCAUCCCCACCAAGACAUGAGUUCUGGAGGCUCGCGAUGCAGCAGUGCUUUCAUGUUGCAGGGCGUCAUCGCUGGGACGAUGCACGGGGUGGAACUGGCCCCCGACUACUCAGCACAAUGCUCCGGGAUACGAUUGUGAAUGAGAUGGUUCACGUGUUGCCAUGCCAGUUGUUCCAGCGGGGCAUCCAAGGAGAUGGAGCCAUCGGGUCAUGUGGCCAUGUUGCCGAUGAGUCGGCUCAAGGCCAGCGCGGCAUCCACUGGAGUACCACGUCACAUACUGCUUUUGUUGGAUCUGCGCUCCGUGCUGAGGUCUUCUACACCCUGCACCCUGGGCUCCAAGGCCGCCCCUUCUUCAGGGAAACCUCCGUUCAUGAAGUCGCGGCGCGCAGUGCUGGUGCGCUCACCGUGGAGCGGCCUCCAAAUGAGGCCGCGCCUCUGUUGGCCGCGUGCCUUCGCGGAGCAGGCCUCGAGUCUGCUGCUUCCGCCGUCGACAAAUACGGACCCCUGGCCUUCGAAGCGGAGUCACAGAGCUCCAGGCAGCCCUGUCCUGAUGGAAAGCGGUCCGCCAUGCCUAGGGCAGAGCUCCUUCUUCGGAAUGCGCUUCUUCUGCGACCGACAGCCUCGGACUUGCUCUACCUCCUGGGUAGUGCGUUGCAAGCGCAGGGGCGCUUGAUGGAAUCCCUCAUCCAGUAUUGCAAGGCCGUCACGUACGAUUCGGAGAUGGCUGGGUCUGUGGAGGCAACUCCAAGCAGCUUCAUGGCGCUCGGAAAGGUAGCGUUGGCGGCGCAGACCGCUGCAAAGGAAGCGGGCCUCGGCGACGUGGCGCCAGCCGAGUCUGUCGCAAGCGAUGGUGAGCAGGGGGCCCAGGUGGAGCAGCAGUGGCAGAGAUAG